AUAUUAGUAUAAUUGUAGUAACAGUUGAGUUGUGAGUCUGUACUGCUCGCCACGUCCGGUCAAGUACACGCUGAUCUACUGUCACGGACGUCGACGGGUCACGUCGUUCCAUGGCUUUGCUGUGUUUGCUACAGAACAGUCUGGAUCAGUAGAGUGUAGAGAGAUCUACGUACGAUUGCAUGCAGUAGAGGGGUUCUCGCCCCCGCGAUCGAAACUCCGUCGCAGCUAGCUGCUACUGCUAGUGAAAUCUACCCUGUUCGAAACAUUCUUUGAAAUAAUUUUCUAAAUGCGUUGACUGUAUUGCUCUCCUCUCUAGUUGGAAAGUCGAAGCUCAACAGCAGAUUUAACGCUUCGCCACUGUAGUACCAAUAGUACAUGAGCGCAGCGAAGCCAGGAUCAUACUUCCACGUAGUCGUUGCACCCGGCCUGGUGUUCGGGAUUUCCUGGAAGCACGUCUGAUAAUACUCGCAUAAUUCCCUAGUCAAAUAUGUCGGACUGGGGCGAGCAGGCUGAUCUUCAGCAACAAACCUCUCCGGCGGCGGCGCCCUCGCAGGGGGUGAAGCGGACGACUGCGAACACAGAUGCAGCUGCUCAACCCCCUCACGCCGCAGCGAUGGGUGAUCAGGGGGCUGUUUCUACUGCUGCUGCUGCUGGUCAAGCUCAUGGUGCUGGUCAGCUGCCGAGUUUUUUCACGUCUGGACCGCUCAGCCAACCAUUCACUUCAGGGUUUGACGAUUGGGAUUUGGCAGCAAGCGAACAGGAGCAUGGCUACACACAGGCCAGCAGCCAGCCUGCUGCCCAGCAAUCCACGUCUCCAGUCAAGCCAGCUCCUGUGGCUGCUGCUCAGUCUGCUCGGCCUACGGCACAGCCCAACCCUGUCCAAGCCCCUGCCCCUCAGCCUGUUCAGCCUGCCGCGGGUAGUAAUACGACAGCUCAAGCGAACACUUCACACAGUGUUAUGCCAGCAGCACCCUCAGCGGCAGCGGUGACUCAGCCGAACACGGCAGAUCCAGUGCCAGCGAUGACUGCUGCUAAGCAAGCCGAUGCAACUAGCGGCACUGACGCUGCUGAAGACGCUCCAACAACAGCCGAGACAUCCCUGCUGAACAAGCUUCUGCGGGAGAAGCUCGUUGACAAUACACAGUCUAUAGAAGUGCAGCGCUCUAACCCGGACAGUCCUCUCUACUCUGUGAAAACGUUUGAAGAGCUGCGGCUAUCGAAGGAAAUCAUGCAAGGCGUGUACGGCAUGGGAUUCAACCGACCGUCCAAGAUCCAAGAAACCGCCCUGCCACUCCUCCUGGCUGAUCCACCGCCGAAUCUGAUUGCGCAAUCGCAGUCGGGUACCGGCAAGACUGCAGCAUUCGUCCUGGCAGUGGUCAGUCGCAUGGACAAGAGCAAGAAACAUCCGCAGGCACUCAUACUGGCACCUACGCUGGAACUCGCCAAACAGAUCGGAGACGUCUGCCAGAGAAUGACCAAAUUCUGUCCGGAGAUUGCAGUGACGUUUGCGGUGCGAGGAGAGAGACCGUCGGGCCCGGUCACUGGACAGGUACUGAUCGGCACACCGGGGACGGUGCUGGACUGGUCCAAGAGGCGCUACGUUGACCUGAAGAAGAUACGUGUGUUUGUUCUGGACGAAGCCGAUGUGAUGAUCGCUCAGCAGGGCCACCAGGAUCAGUCUGUGCAUAUACGCAAGGGCCUGGACCUUGCCAGCACACAGUUCAUGCUCUUCUCAGCCACCUAUGAUGACGAUGUCAUGGGUUUCGCGCAACGAAUCGUGUCCGAUCCGAUCGUAAUCAAGCUGAAGCGGCAAGAGGAGAGUCUAGACAACAUACGGCAGGUCUAUAUUGAGUGCCGCAACGAGCUGGAGAAGUACGAAGCCUUGAGUAAUAUCUACGGGCUAGUCAGCAUUGGCCAGGCAAUCAUCUUCUGCCCCUCUCGCAAGUCGGCCGCGUGGCUCGCUGAGAAAAUGCAUGGUGACGGUCAUGCGGUGGCGAUGCUGACUGGCGAGCUGGAGACAGCGCAGCGCAUUGCCAUCCUGAACCGCUUCCGACAGGGCAAGGAGAAACUGUUGAUCACCACCAACGUCUGUGCGCGCGGCAUUGACAUCGACCAGGUCACCGUGGUCGUCAACUACGACAUACCGUACGACGUUGUGCGACAGAAGCCCGACGUGGAAACCUACCUGCAUCGCAUUGGACGCACUGGGCGAUUCGGGAAGUCCGGCCUGGCAAUAAACUUUGUGGACGGCAGCCGGAGCAUGCGAAACAUGAGGUUCAUCGAGGAGCACUUUGGCAAGAAGAUUGAAAAGAUCGACAAGACCGACAACGACCAGAUUUCCAGUCUCGGUCAGGGUGACUAAACUGGUGAUCCGGUGCUUAUAGACGCACACCCAGCUGCUUCCUAUGGGUGUGAAAUUGUGUUUUCGCGUAGUUAGCGGCUAUUGGAAGCUCUCCUCAAACAAGAGUGGGAAUGUAAACCAAGCAUCUGGAAGAAUUGAAGGUUAGUGUCACUCCAUUCCGUGUGGGAAGGAAGCCAGAAGUUGCUUUCCGAAACCGUCAAGUACCUUGCUCUUGAUUGGACCCCCCCCCCCCUGUUUUCCGCUUGAGUACGGUUCUUGUUGUUAUCUGCUUUGUGUACUACACCCUUUGCACUGGGAUAGAUGUAUGUCCUAGGAAGAUGGUAGUGCACUCGCGGUGGCAAUCAUCAAAACUGGUGGCACUGUAUCUAUCUCGUUAGGCUGGUUCCAACAGGUGUCCCGGCUGUGGAAAUCUCCCGGCUGUGGAAAUCUCCCCGCUGUCACUCCCUACCUCCUUUAGAAUAAAACAUAUUAAAAAAGCCUUGAAUAACACCACUGCUGCCAUCAUGCUAGUGCUUGACUUACCAUGGUUACGUGGUGGCUCUAACUUAGCCUAAGUGUUGAUUACUGAUUAGCAUCUCUCGGGAGAGAACCAUGCCUAUCCUGCCUUGAUCCUUUCCGUUUGCGACCUACUUGUAGUCCACUGAGUUGACAUUUUCUUUUUGUGCUUUGGAAUAAAGAGCUUUAGGAGAAUGUGUGUACGCAUACUGACCCCCGUCCCCUUCCUCUUUUAUUAAAUUUUGUUAGUAGUGCCUUCAAAAUUAUUCCCACCGAGGCCCCUUUAUGCAUUUUCCCCAUUUUCUUAAUAUUUUCCUCUUUACCUUUCACCUUGAGCCCAUCAAAUCCUGGAGUCAGUAUACUUUUUAGCGUUUUA